AUGCUCUCUUGCCCGCACUACCACUCCUCCUUCCACCUCCACCGCAAUCCCCCCGCCGCCGUUACCGUCACCACCGCCGCCUUCUCCAUCUCUGCCUCUCUCCCACGCCGCCAUAAUGCCCAAUUCUCCAACGAUUCCUCCCCGGCGCCACAGCCAAAGGACUCAAUUCUCCGCACACAGAACGCCAAAACCGCUUCCCUCCUCUCCCGCCACCUACAUCACGAUUCCUCUCCCCCUGCAGCUCCCCAGCUCCCCGAAUUCCAGCAACAGGUCUUCCCUCCCGAGGAGCAAGUGAAGCGUCAAGAGCUCUCCCUCGUCGCCACCAGGCGAGCUCCCAGGUUCCCCGGCUCCAUUUCCUUCGACUCUCCCACCUCCUCCGCCGCCUCUCCUCUUCAAACCCUGUUCGUCAAGGACGCAGGAUCGGCCGACGACGAGGACGAUGGUGGUGGCGUGGAGGACGAGACGAUAAUCAAGGCCGUCGAGAUCCGCAGGAAAGUCACUGCCGAGAUUUUCCAGCAGGCGAUGAAGAGGGGAAAAUUCGGGCUGACGUAUGCCUCCAAUUUGGCUGCUAAAUUGGGGGAUUUCCUCGAUUUCGUCAUGAUCGAGGCCGCCGCGAUGAAGAAGCUGCGGCAGUUCGAAGGUUCCAGCUUCAAUGUUCGAGCCAAGAUCGUCAUUGAAGAACUGGAAGUUGUGUCACUUAUCAGGUGGUUGAAGCACAAUGAGCUGUCCUACCCCAAGAUAGCUAAGCUCAUAAACAUGGCGAGAGGACGGCUCGACACUGUCAAGCGGCUUGCUGUCUGGCUGAAGACGAUUCAUGUGAAAGGUGAGUUUCUGGGGCCUGUGCUGACCAAAGCAGGGGGCAAUAUUUUGGAAAGGAGCAUUGAGGAAUUGGAUGAAAUCGUCGAGUAUUUGGAGAGCAAUGGUGUGAAGAGAGAUUGGAUGGGGUAUGUAAUGAGUCGAUCUCCGUCAUUGUUGUCUAACACCAUGGAAGAAGUGAGGGCUCGAGUUCGUUUUUUCUUGGAGAUGGGUAUGAAUGAGAAGGAUUUUGGGACAAUGGUGUUUGAGUAUCCUAGGGUCCUUGGCUAUUACAGUCUUGAGGAGAUGAACCAGAAGGCUGAUUAUCUGAAGGAGUUUGGGAUCAGUCAUCAAGAUGUUGGAAAACUCCUAGCAUUUAGACCACAGUUGAUGGGCUGUAGCAUUGAGGAGACAUGGAAACCUCUUGUUAAGUACUUUUACUAUCUUGGAAUAUCCAGAGAUGGUAUGAGGAGAAUGCUUAUGAUCAAACCGAUGAUUUUCUGUGUCGAUGUCGAGAAGACCAUAGUGCCAAAGGUACACAUGUUUGAGAAUGAAGCUCUCAGUGGUCAUAUUAUGCAUCAACUUUGAACAAGCAUUAAUGAAUUGUACUUCUGAAGGUACGGUUUUUUCAUGACAUCGGGAUUCAGGAUGAUGCGAUUGGAAAUAUGCUCGUCAAGUUCCCUCCGUUGCUAACCUACAGCCUGCACAAGAAGAUCCGGGCAGUGGUAAUAUUCCUGAUGACAAGAGGUGGGGUGAGCGAGAGGGACAUCGCCAAGGUUAUAGCUUCAGGGCCCGAGCUCUUAGGGUGUAGCAUAGUGCAUAAGCUCGACAUCAAUGUCAAGUAUUUCUUCUCCCUUGGUAUACGCCCUCAUGUGCUGGGGGAGAUGGUUGCAGACUUCCCCGUGUUGCUGCGGUACAAUGUGGAAGUCCUCCGUCCAAAGUAUCGGUACUUGAGGCGGACUAUGGUUGGCAGCUUGCAAGAUGUAAUCGAGUUCCCAAGGUUCUUCAGCUACUCACUUGAGGAUCGGAUAAUGCCACGGCAUAAGGUAUUGGUAGAGAAGCAGAUAAACAUGAAACUGAGGUACAUGCUAGCAUGCAGCGACGAGGAGUUUGAGAGGAAGGUGGAGGCUAUUCUGGAGAAGAGACGAAGUUUAGAAGCCGGUCGACUAGAUCAGAAAGAUGAGCAUAUAGGCUCACUUCAAUUAUCAUGAGCUAGAUGAGAUGAUGGACUUGGAAUGAGGGCUACCUGUUCCAGUAUAGGCUGUUCUCUACUAGCUCCGAACCGGGAUUU